AUGAUGGAGAAGUCAUGCACUCUCCUCGUCCACUUCGACAAAGGCACACCAGCCCUAGCCAACGAGAUUAAAGAAGCCCUUGAAGGAAACGACGUCGAAUUGAAGAUCGAAGCCCUCAAGAAGGCCAUCAUGCUCCUCCUCAACGGCGACACCAUUCCCCAGCUCUUCAUCACCAUCAUCCGAUACGUACUGCCCUCCGAGGACCACACAGUCCAGAAGCUCCUCCUCCUCUACCUUGAGAUCGUAGAGAAAACCGACUCCAAAGGCAAGAUCCUCCCGGAGAUGAUCCUCAUCUGCCAGAACCUCCGCAACAAUCUUCAGCACCCGAACGAGUACAUCCGAGGCGUUACGCUGCGAUUUCUCUGCCGAUUGAACGAGGCCGAGAUAAUCGAGCCUCUGAUCCCUUCGAUUCUCGCCAAUUUGGAGCACCGCCACCCAUUUGUUCGACGAAAUGCCGUGAUGGCGAUCAUGUUCGUGUAUAGGCUUCCGCAGGGGGAGACGUUGCUAGAUAGCGCGCCGGAGAUCAUCGAUCGGUUCUUGGCCUCCGAGCAGGACCCUUCCAGUAAGCGAAAUGCUUUCCUUAUGCUCUUUAAUUGCGCGCAAGAUAGGGCUGUGCAUUAUUUGUUUACACAUAUCGGUAGGAUUAUUGAGUGGGGUGAACAGCUCCAAAUGGUCGUCUUGGAAUUGAUUAAGAAGGUGUGUAGAGUGAAUAAGGGUGAGAAAUCCAAGUACAUUAAGAUUAUUAUAUCACUGCUGGAUGCACCGUCGAGUGCCGUUGUUUAUGAGUGCGCUGGAACGCUUGUGUCGUUGUCUUCGGCGCCUACAGCCAUAAAAGCAGCUGCCAACACUUAUUCUCAGUUGUUGUUGUCGCAGAGCGAUAACAAUGUGAAGUUGAUUUUGCUGGAUAGGAUUAGUGAGCUCAAGGCUUCGCAUAGGGAGAUUAUGAUUGAGUUGGUUAUGGAUGUGCUGAGGGCACUGUCAAGUCCGAAUGUUGAUAUUAGGAGGAAGACUCUUGAUAUUGUGCUUGAUUUGAUUACGCCCAGGAAUAUUAAUCAGGUUGUGAUGAUGUUGAAGAAGGAGGUCGUGAAGACUCAGAGUGGGGAGCUUGAGAAGAAUGGGGAGUAUAGGCAGAUGUUAGUGCAAGCAAUAUAUUCAUGCGCAGUUAAGUUUCCUGAGGUGGCAAGCACAGUGGUGCAUCCUUUGAUGGAUUUCUUGGGUGAUACCAAUGUUGCUUCGGCCCUGGAUGUGGCCGUUUUUGUGCGUGAGAUUAUUGAAACCAACCCCAAGCUGCGUGUUUCUAUAAUAACGAGGCUGCUAGAUACUUUCUACCAGAUCCGCAAUUCGAGGGUUUGCACUCAUUCCCUCUGGAUUAUCGGGGAGUAUUGUCUCUCGCUUUCUGAAGUUGAGAGUGGGAUUGCAACCAUUAAGCAAUGUCUUGGGGAGCUCCCAUUUUACACAGCUUCUGAGGAAAAAGAGGCACAAGAUGCUACGAAGAAUUCUCAGGUGGUAAGCUCGACCACUGUGUCUUCUAGGAGGCCUGUGAUCCUUGCAGAUGGGACCUAUGCCACCCAGUCUGCUGCACUGGAAACUGCUAUGUCUGCACCUGUCCUGGUUCAAGGAUCUUUGGCUUCCGUGGGGAACUUGAGAUCAUUGAUUCUCUCGGGUGAUUUUUUCCUUGAGACAGUUGUAGCUUGCACAUUAACAAAGCUGGUUUUGAGAUUGGAAGAGAUUCAGCCUUCAAAGGCUGAAGUGAACAAGGCAACUACACAGGCAUUGUUGAUCAUGGUCUCUAUGCUUCAAUUGGGUCAAUCCUCGGUCCUUCCGCAUCCAAUUGAUAAUGAUUCUCGAGAUAGAAUAGUUCUUUGCAUCAGGUUACUAUGCCAUAAAGGUGAAGAAGUAAGGAAGAUAUGGCUAGAGUCAUGCAGACAGAGCUUUGUGAAAAUGCUUGCAGACAAGCAGCUCCUCGAAACAGAGGAAACUAAAGCUAAAGCUCAGAUAUUGAGUGCUCAACCAGACGACCUUAUUGAUUUCUACCACCUUAAGAGCAGAAAGGGUUUGAGCCAGCUCGAGUUGGAAGAUGCGGUUCAAGAUGAUCUCAAACGUGCUACUGGAGAAUUCACAAAGGAUAGAGAUGAUGCAAACAAACUCAACCGCAUUCUUCAGCUCACAGGAUUCAGUGAUCCUGUUUAUGCUGAAGCCUAUGUAACAGUUAAUCAUUAUGACAUUGUUCUUGAUGUUACCGUCAUCAAUCGAACCAAAGAAACCCUUCAGAAUUUGUGCUUGGAGUUGGCCACAAUGGGUGAUCUCAAACUUGUUGAGCGUCCACAAAACUAUACGCUAGCUCCGGAAUCAAGCAAACAGAUAAAGGCUAACAUCAAGGUCUCUUCAACUGAAACGGGAGUUAUAUUCGGUAACAUUGUAUACGAGACUUCUUCAAAUGUGCUUGAGAGAACAGUUAUUGUUCUCAAUGACAUUCAUAUUGAUAUAAUGGAUUACAUCUCUCCUGCAUCAUGUGCUGACGUGUCAUUUAGGACGAUGUGGGCUGAGUUUGAGUGGGAGAACAAGGUUGCUGUAAAUACUGUUAUUCAGGACGAGAAGGAAUUUCUGAACCAUGUUGUUAAAGCGACUAACAUGAAGUGCCUGACUACACCAUUGGCACUGGAAGGAGAAUGUGGAGUUCUCGCUGCCAAUCUGUACGCAAAGAGUGUUUUCGGGGAGGAUGCUUUGGUGAAUGUGAGUGUUGAGAAACAAGCAGAUGGUAAGCUCAGUGGAUACAUCAGAAUUAGAAGCAAGACUCAAGGCAUUGCCCUCAGUCUUGGGGACAAGAUCACCUUGAAACAGAAGGGCGGCCUCUGA